AUGGCGCAAGUGAAUUUGGACUAUAUGAUGGAUCCGGGUUGGCCGUUUUUGAGACAAGCUCAAGAUGAGGCACUUAAGGUAACUCUUUUUUAUUUUGAAAUAACAGAUUUCUAGAAAUUUUUCCAAGAAGCUUGUAGCUCCUUUUAGAAAUUUUCAACAAAAAAUUUGAUCUCAAAAAUUUUUUAUAAUCUUAAAUGUCUUAUAAUCAAAAAAAAAGUUUUUGGCCGAGUUCCAAAGACAAAUAUUUACCCAUUUUUAUCUCUCUUUUUAUCUGACUGACAAGAUUUUACAAGAAAGAAGCAAAAAAAAGAGCGAAGAAAAAAACGCGGGGGCUUUUUGGUUUUUAAGGGAAUGAGUACUGUAGAGGAGAAUUUUUGGCGGGAAAUUUGGGAAUCAAUUUUUAUUAGAGAAAUUUGAAGAUCAACAUGUUAAUUUUAAAAAAACUGGUUCAAAAAAUAUUUAGUCAAAUUUUUUAAAUAAGUUUUCAACUUUCAAAUUCUCAUUUUACAUUAUUUUUGGGUACUGUUGAAUUUUUUUGAUUCGUAAAUAUCUCGUAUACAAAAUUCCUAACAGAAUUUCGCUGAACUGUGAUUUAUUUGUGAAUUAAAAAUCUGGUAGAUCACACUACCACGUGGAUUCUAUGUUUCUCUCCAAAAUUUGAAUAUACCAUUUUUGCGAGUAUUUUUUCAACUGUGCACGUCGUGCCACCACACAAAUCCGAGGAGACGCAGAGAAAAAAAGACACCGUACUCCUCCCCGGUCGCACAGGUGAAUCGCUGCAAGACCAAUUGCCGAAACCGUACUCUCCCCGGUUCCUCAGGUGAAUCGCUGCGAGACCAAGCUUCAAACCGUACUUUCCCCGGUCCCCCAGGUGCAUCGCUGCGAGACCACACAAAAGCUCUGCGUCUCCACGAAAUUAUCUUUCUCCAUUUUUCUGGCACGACGUGUGUGAAAUAUUGUCUGCCACGUGGCCACGUGUUUUCCCUCAAAAAAUACUUCCCUUCAGGAACAAGCCGCUCGUCGUUUCGACAACAAAACUCAUGCAUGGGUUCCGGAUCCAGCCGAAGGUUUCGUCACUGCCGCCAUUGCUGUUCAAGAAGGAGAUAAUUAUACCCUAACUAUGCCUGAUGGAACUCAAGUUUGUCUCUUUUUUUGAAAACUGAAAACUUGCAAAAAUAAAAUGAAUAAUUAUUUUUUCCAGAAAAAAUUGGGAAAAGAUGAUGUUCAAGAGAUCAAUCCGGCGAAAUUCGAAAAAACCGAAGAUAUGUCGAAUUUGACAUUUUUGAAUGAAGCAUCGGUUUUGCACAAUUUACGUCAGAGAUAUUAUUCAAUGAUGAUUUAUGUGAGUUUGGGUAUUUUGAGACCUAACAUGAGCAAUGCUGAAAAUUGUAUGGUUUUUGAGCUAAAAUUAAUUUUUCGGGAAAAUUUGGUGAUUGUAUGAAAAUAAAUCAAGUUCUAAUUUUUGCUAACAUGAGCAAUUUUAAGAGACCCCAAAGAAAUCUAUUGUAUUCAUUUUUUUCAGACAUAUUCUGGACUCUUCUGCGUCUUCAUCAAUCCUUAUAAAAUGUUACCAAUUUACACGGAUUCCGUCGCCAAAAUGUAUGUAAAUAAACGACGCGCUGAAAUGCCACCACAUCUUUUUGCUGUUUCCGAUGAAGCAUUUAGAAAUAUGAUGACAGACAAAGAAAAUCAAUCAAUGUUGAUUACUGGAGAAUCAGGAGCUGGAAAAACUGAAAAUACAAAGAAAGUCAUCGCAUAUUUUGCAAUGAUUGGAAGUGGAGGAAGUAAAGAAACAUCUUCGCUUGAAAAUCAAGUUGUUCAGGUGAGAAUGGCAAUUCUUUGGGUGGGAAAUCAUGUUCUCUUCUGAUUAUACAGACUUUCAGAAAUCGGAAAAAGGGUUAUUAACUUUUUCAAAAACGGUUCAUUCGAAUUUAAAAAUAACUUUACUGUCCGUUCGCCAGCGAAGGAAACGCGGCCAAACGCGCCCCAUUGAUAAACAACGCAUUUUUGUGCGGCCAUUCAAACAAUAAUUUUUAUUCUUUUACUGUUUUUCAUGCGAAAAAAGGCAUUUCCACUAAUUGAAAAAUGAGGAAAUUGGUUAUUGUGGAAACUACUGAGUUGAAAAGGUUUUACCUGACCAUUUUCACUUAAAAUUGGUGCAUUUGGACAGAAAUGAGCAUAGAAAAAGUGAAAUUUUCUUAUUUCGGUUGGAAACGAUAUAUAACUAGUUGGAAAACAAAAACUAAACAGUUUAUCAACAAAAUUAAUCAAGAAAAUAGAUUAAAUUAGUGACAAAUCACAAUUUUCGACCAAAAAAACCCGACUUCCUCAUCAUUUCUAUCAAAACUCCGAGCGAACCGAUGUCUUUUUCGCAUAAAUCUUGUUGAGAAGUUGUUUUCUUUGUCACUAAUGUGCACUUGCAUCAUUUGAAUAGCACAUUGAUUGAUUUGAGGCAUUUUUGAGCAAAUUAUCCAUAACAUAUCGCCAUUCAUUUCAAAAUUGCGAUGAAAACCGCAAAAAUCACUAAUUUUCAAUCAACAACCUGAAAAUUGCAUCAUUGUCAUAGAAAAUACAUAACUAAACAACUAACCUUCGAUUUGAAUUGAACUGCGACUACAAAACACUCCAAAAAUCGAUUUUAUAACACUUUUUCGAUCGAAACAUCGAAUUCCAUCGAAAAAAAUCCAUAAAUCGCUACCAAAAACCAUUUUGUUCGGGCAAACUUGGAAGAUAAGUAUAAUUCGAGUUUUGCCAACUUCUGAAAGCAGAAAAAUUACAAAAUUGCUUCUUUUUUGGGGAAAAAAGAGGAAAAAACAAGAAAAAACGGGAAAAAAAUGAAAAAAAUUGGGUCGGCAAAAAAAGCAAACUACGGUAUGUAGUUGGAGCGCGUUUCCUUCGCUGAAAAACGAACAGUACAAUCUAUGUUUUGAAUUGACGUGAACCCUAAAAUUUCUCAAAACAUCCCAUUUUUGAUCAUUUUGAAAUAUUCUCCUUUUCCUAAAUCGUUUCAACCCUAAUAUAAGUUCAGGCAAAUCCAGCAAUUGAAGCAUUUGGAAAUGGAGCAACUACAAGAAAUUAUAAUUCAUCGAGAUAUGGAAAAUUCAUCCGGAUUCAUUUUGAUCGAAAAGGAAAAUUGGUUGGAGGAGAUAUUGAACAUUGUAAGUUUGAUUCGGGGAGAGAGUACUGUAAUUUUUGGCAAAAAAAAAAUCUGAUGUGAAAGUUUUGCGAAUUUUUCAAUUGAAAAUUGAAAACUUUGAAAUCCACGUGGAAUCUUAGGAGCUGUAGAUUUUUCCACUUGAUUUUCGAAUUCAAUUUUUGUCAAGUAAUCCUAUCUUUUGAUCACUAAACCAAUUUUUUUGCAGAUCUUCUCGAAAAAUCUCGUGUCAUCAAACAGGCUCCUAGAGAACGUUCCUAUCAUAUUUUCUAUCAAAUUAUGACUCAAAAACCGCUUCGCGAAAAAUUCGGAUUAACUGAUAAUAUUCGCGAUUAUAAAUUUGUGUCUCAAGCCGAGAUUACUGUACCAGGAAUGAAUGAUACCGAAGAAUUUGGAAUCACUGAUGUCAGUUUUUCUUCAGAUUCUGAUGUUUCCCUCCUAAAUUUCACUCAAUUUCAUUUCCUUACUUGCAGAAUGCUUUCACCGUGAUGGGUUUCUCAGAUCGUGAACGCGAAGAUCUUUACAAAUUGUGCUCUGCAAUUAUGCACAUUGGAAAUUCAACAUUCAAACAAAAACCACGUGAUGAACAAGCUGAAGUUGAUGAUAUUUCGCCAGCUGAAAAUGCAUCGAAAUUAUUUGGUGUCAAUUGUGACGCAUUUUUGACAGCUUUGACAAGACCAAGAAUAAAAGUUGGAAUGGAAUGGGUUAACAAAGGCCAAAAUGUUCAACAGGUAAGAUUUGAGGGGGUUUAGGACCAUUUUUAGAAAGGUUUGCACAGUCUUUUAUCAUUAUUUUUGGAGAAAUUGAAUCUGGUUUGAAAUGUUCAUGAAAAAACUUUUCUGAGCAUAAUUUCCACGUCAUAGCUAGUGGUUUUUAUUUCAAUUUAAACAUCUGAAAUGGAACUGAGCAAUCUAAUUUCUCAAAACUUGCAUUAUACAAAUUUUGAAACGUAGAUUUUUGAGAUAAAAAUAUUUUUUAGAAAUGUUUGAAAAAUUCUGAAUAAAAUUGUCCUAAUCAAAAACCAUCUAAUAUUAUUUACAGGUAGAUUGGGCAGUUGGAGCACUCUCCAAAGCGAUCUACGCUCGCAUGUUCAAUUGGUUGAUCAAGCGAGUUAACAAAACAUUACAAGCCUCAAUGGAAGAUAAUAUGUAUUAUAUUGGAGUGUUGGAUAUCGCCGGUUUCGAAAUCUUCGACAGAAAUUCAUUCGAACAACUUUGGAUCAAUUUUGUGAAUGAAAAACUUCAACAAUUCUUCAAUCAUCACAUGUUUGUUUUAGAACAAGAAGAAUAUCAGAGAGAAGGAAUUGAAUGGACAUUUAUUGAUUUCGGUUUAGAUCUUCAACAAUGUAUUGAAUUAAUUGAAAAACCUUUGGGAAUUGUAUCAAUGUUGGAUGAAGAAUGUAUUGUUCCAAAAGCAACUGAUAUGACAUAUGUUGAUAAAUUAUUGACACAACAUCUUGGAAAACAUCCAAAUUUCCAAAAAGCAAAACCACCAAAAGGAAAACAAGCCGAAGCUCAUUUCUCAAUUGUUCAUUAUGCUGGAACUGUUCGAUAUAAUGCUGAACAAUGGUUGGAUAAAAAUAAAGAUCCAUUGAAUGAUUCAGCUGUUGCUGUUUUGAAAACAAGUGAUAAAGAAGGAGUUUUAUAUCAAUUAUGGGAAGAUUAUCAAACUGAUGUUGAUAGAGAAGAAAAUGAAAAAAGAGGAAAAACUGGAGGAGCUGGAGGAGCUGGAGGAAAGAAAAAAGGAAAAUCUGCAUCAUUUUUGACUGUUUCAACUAUGUAUCGAGAAAGUUUGACUUCUUUGAUGACUAUGUUGCAUACAACUCAUCCACAUUUUAUUCGUUGUAUUAUUCCAAAUGAAAAGAAAACAAGUGGAUUAGUUGAUGCACCUUUGGUUUUGAAUCAGGUCAGGAAGCUUAUGCAUUAACCAUUUUCAAAACUCACAAAAAUAAGACAAUUCCUUGAAACAGUGAAAAAUUUUCUAAAAAUUUGAAAAUAUGAUUUUAGGAUCCAAAUCCACGAUCAGAAAAUUCAAAAUUUCUCAAAAACUUGGACAUUUUUUGAAACAGUGCAAAAUUAAACAUUUUUUUGUAAUUUUUGAAACUGAACCUUUUCAACUGAGUCGAAAAAUCAAGUAACCAUUUUAUUUGCAGCUAACUUGCAACGGAGUAUUGGAAGGAAUUCGAAUUUGUCGCAAAGGUUUCCCAAAUCGUAUGAUGUUUGCCGAUUUCAAACAAAGAUAUGCAAUCUUAUCAGCUCAAGAAGCAGAAGACAAAGAUGCUGGAAAAGCAUCGAAAGCAAUGCUCAGAAAAUUGAGCAAAGACGGAAAAAUUAAUGUGGAAAAUUUCCGAGUUGGAUCAACUAAGGUGAGUUAGGAAAGAGGGAGGAGUUCAGGUAGAACAUGGAAAUGUUUUACAGGUUUUCUUCCGCGCUGGAAUGUUGGCUCAUUUGGAAGAACUUCGUGAUGAAGCACUUACUGUUAUUACUGUCAAAUUUCAAAGUGCUGUUAGACAUUAUUUGGCCCAGGUUUGUGAUAUUUUUGGGGAAAAACUUUGGCUUACAGUUGUCGAAAGUGGUCCGCUUGAAUUAUUCAAAAAAUCUUUAGGUCCAAGUGAUCGGACCACUUAAAAAGGGUCCAAUUCGGAUUUUUCAAAGUUUCCAAACCCCCAUCCCUUAUUCAUUAUGUGUCCUCAUUUGUGUGUGCUAUUAACACACACAUAGUUUUUUCCCUCCAAAAAAAUCUCCGGGAGAUAUUGGAGUAAGUGAUAAAAUGGGGGAUGCGCAGAACACAUUGUUUAUUUUUGCACCGCGCAGCGAUCGAUUUGAGCUCGAAAGAAACAAUCUUCGUUUUCAGUGCGACUACAAACGACGUUUGGAUCGCGAAGAGGCUUAUCCGAUUUUGCAACAGAAUAUUCGAGCUUGGAUUAAGUUGCGGUAAGUCUUAGAAAUUCUCAAGCUGAAAAUCAAGAUUUAUUUUAGCUCUUGGCCGUGGUAUCGUCUUUUCUCGCGUCUGAAACCUAUGCUUAAAGGAAUGAAAUCGAACGCCGAAAUUCAAGAAUUGGAGAGAAAAUGCAAAGAAUUGGAAGAGAGCCAAAAGAGAGAAGAAGAGGCGAAGAAGAAAUAUGCGGAUGAGUUGCGGUAAGUUGUGCGAAGCCAUCCUGGCGUACUAUUUUUACUCAAAGAUAAAUGUGCCAGGGUUGCAAAAAGUGAAAUGAGAGGCGCAGAGAAAGUCCGAACAAUUUUUGAAAACCCGGAAAAAAUAUGUUUCAAAAUGUUUUCGAAAGAACUAGAGAGAGCUAGAAAAUUUGAUGCGCAUUCUCGAACCCUUCUAUAAAAAUCUGUAGACUCAGACGACUAGAGUGCAGUGAGAGACGCAGAGCUAACAGACAACUAGAGUCUACACUCUUCUUCAUUUUCAGCGCAAAAAUCGAGAAAUACGAAGAAACCAAAGCAGCCCUUGAACGUGAUCGUGUUAUGCUCGACAAAAGAAACAAGGAAAUCGAGGAGCUGAACAGAAACCUCAAAGCUGAAUCUGAAGCCAACUAUGAGAAUGCGAAAAAAGCGGCAGAAUUGGAGAGACUUCGAGAAAAAGAGAGAAAAGAAUGGGAAGAAAAAGAAAGAAAAAUGCAAAUGGAAGCUGAAAAUGAGGCAAAUAAUUAUAAGACUCAAAAUGAGAAACUGAAAAAUGGAUUGGAGAAUUUGCAAGGGGAAUUUGAUCGACUUCAAGCACAAAGAAAACAACAAGAACAGACAAAUGCGGAAUUGAUUGAUGAAGUUGCUGGAUUUAAACAAAAAGCUGAAAGAGCUGAAGAACAAAGAAAGAAAAUAUCAGAAGAUUUGGAUGCUAUGGAUGAUAAAUUAGCAGCUGAAAAGAGAUUGAAUAAUGAACAAGUUAAACGUAAGCAUUUUAGAAUGGCUUAUUGUCAGCCAAGAUGACAAUUGAAACCACAUAAAAAAUACCCAAAAUAUCUAGAUCCCAAACGUAUCAAAACAUUUUCUGGUAGAUCAAAAAUAUUUUUCUCUAAACCUCUCCUUUUGUGUUGAAUUUCGUCCUGUAGAUUAUUUCAAGUCUCAAAAAAUACUGAACAUUUUCCGAGUAAUAAAUUACAAGCUGUGAAAAUUUAUAUAUCUAAAAAGUUAGAGUACUCGGAAAAUUUCCCGCGUUUUUUUAAGACCUGACACAAUCUUAAGGGUGGUACUAAAUCUGACGAAAUUCAAUGCAAAAGUUAGAGAUUUAGAGAAAAAUAUGUUUUGUUCAGCAGAAAUAUUUUUAAAGUGUGGGAUCUAGAAAUUUGGCUGGUAAAUCAAACACUUUGACUUAAAAUCCCAUUCCAAUUCCAGAAAACAAAAAAUUGGAAAACUCGCUAAAAGCCACCCAAAAACAACUAGAAAUCGCUUUGGCUGAAAAACACUCAUUCGACGUGGAUUGCAAAAAACGUGAAUCGGAAAUUGGAGAAUUCAAAAGAAAGGCUCAAGCCGACGCAAAUUUGAUCGCAAAAUUGCAAUCAGCUUUGAGAAGAUGUGUUUCGAGAAUUGAAGAAUUGGAGGAAGAUUUGUUGGAAGAAAGAAAGAAUCGAAUGAAAGUGAGUUUUGGUGGGAAACAUUUGAAUGAUUAUAUCAAAAUUUUAUACAGAUAUUUUUAAAUAAUACACUUUUGAAACGUAUUUUACCCAUUAAUUUUUUAGUAGGAAAAUUCUUCUGAAACGAAUUUUAAAAAAUUAUCACUAUUACAAAUUCUAGGCUUCUCGUCAAUUCAACGAACUUCAAACUGAAUUCGACAAUCUUACUGAACAAAUGGCUCAGGCUAAUGGUCAACUCACUGCUGAAGCUCAUAUCAACAAAAUUCGCGCGGAAGAAGUAUCAAAUCUUCGACGCGAUUUACAAAAACGCUCAUUGAAUCAAGAAGCCUACAUUUCGGAUUUGUGCAAUAUGCAAUAUGCAACUGUGAAUAAUUUGAGAAAUUUGAGCCAGCAAUCAGCUAAUUUGGAAACUGAAGCUUUGCGAAUUUUGGAUGCGAGAAGAGCAAUUAGUCAACAACCACUGCCAAAAGUUUAUGUUGAAGAGGAUAGCAGUGAUAUGGAUUCGGUUUAA